UGUGCGCGCGCAUGUGUGCAGCAGCAGCACCAGUACUAGUAGUAGAGAAGCUAUAGUAACCUUUCACCCACUUACAUCGCUGUGAGUUCUCACGCUUUCUCACCUCUAAGUUAUAUAAGCGCCUAUAACCGAGGCUUUAUUUACACCAUCAUCGUCACGAUUAACAGCAUAUUCUCAUUGACGCCGCAAUUCAGGAUGUUAUCUUAUCUUACCCGCUGGAUGUCCAGAGGUGCUGUCCAGGCACUAAAGAGGACAAGCAGUCGGCCACAUCCGGUCAAAACACCUCAAAUUGGGAAUCAGACACUGGCAGCAGCCAGCCUGCCUAUUGCUGCGGGUAGUCCAGGGGUGAGACACGCCCAAGCAAUGGAUCGAGAGAGACUGCUGCAGAUCGAUUGGGAUGAUGGGUCUUGUAGUUUGUACCCCUUCACCUGGUUAAGAGAUAAUUGCCAGUGUCCUCUCUGUAUGCUGCAGUCAGCGCAGGCACGCAGUUUGCUGCUCUUAGAUUUGGAUGUGCACACCGGGAUGGACCAAGUGCAGCUGAUGGACAAUAAGGUGUCCAUAACUUGGCCUGAUCAGCAUAGUAGUGUGUUUGAGCCUGACUGGCUGAAGAAAAGGUGUUUUUCCACUGAGGCAAGACAGGCACUGCAAGAGGAACUCUUUCUUAAUGAGCGAGAAUACUGGGAUUCAGGUCUACAGAUCCCCACGUUAGACUUCAAGGAGGUUUUGCAUGAUGACAAGACAGCUUUGGCAUGGCUGGAAGCUCUGAGACGCGUUGGCAUCGUCUACCUGAAGGGGGCGCCAGUGGAGCAGGGCCAGGUGGCCAGACUGAGUCAGAGAAUUGGCUAUCUCCGCCUCACCUUUUACGGACACACGUGGCAAGUGCAGGACAAGGCUAUGGCUAACAAUGUUGCAUAUACUUCUGGCAAAUUAAGCUUGCACACAGACUACCCUGCUCUGCACCAUCCUCCUGGGGUGCAGUUCCUGCAUUGCAUCCGUCAGGCCGAGCAAGGUGGUGAAAGCGAAGUGGUUGAUGGCUUUCAUAUGGCUGAGCAGCUCAGAAUGGAGGAUCCUGAAGCGUUUAACAUCCUCUCUUCUGUCAGAGUCGAUUUCACAGACAGCGGCGCGGAUUACUGUGACUUCAGCGUGCAGUCCAAACAUCACAUUAUAGAUGUGGACACUGAGGGUCGUGUUGUGAGGAUCAACUAUAACAAUGCCACACGAGACUCCGUGUUAGAUCUGCCUCUAAAUCAAGUUCAGCCCUUCUACUCUUCACUAAAGGCCUUUGUGGAUCUGCUCAGCAGGCCUGAGAAUGUGUUCACAUACAAAAUGAAACCAGGCGACUUGGUGACCUUUGAUAACUGGCGUCUAUUGCAUGGCCGAAAAAGCUACGUGUCGCAUUCGGUUCAGAAAAAUCGCAACAGCACCAGACAUCUAGAAGGAGCAUAUCUAGACUGGGAUGAGGUCAUGUCCCGUCUCAGAAUCCUCCGGAAGACGGCCCGUGGAGACAUCUAGGCGAUGCCUUUCCUGGACCACACUGCAUGUCAUAACUGAUAACAAGUAUACAGUAUAUCCGGUUAGUCAUUUGAUUACCCGUACUUAGAGGAACUGUAGCAACUCUUCACCUCAGAAAGUUUUGGAUUUUAGAAGGGAUAUUUCUAAAUGGUGCAUUUCAGUUUUGUCAUGUAGAUAAUUUGUCCUGUGGAUAAAUCUGUCGUAUGGCUUUUAAUUUGAAUUCUUCAAUGCUUUUUGCACAUGCUUAGAAAGCUUGACCUCAUACUGGGUUUUCUUGAGAUGGCUUUUAGGAUAUUACUGCUGAACCGCAUUUUUAAAUUAUUAAACACUUAUUUGUGAAUAACUGCCUUAAGUUAAUACAAUGAUUUCAUUCUAAACCACCCAUGUUUUCAUUACUCAUGUCCCCCAAUCCAAAACUGUUUUAGAUGUCUCCUUAAAACACCUGAUUCAACUCAUCAGCUUGGUACGGGAAGGAGAUGUUUCAUAUAGGGAAACAUCUAAAACAUUCUGGAGGGGGGAUGCCGAGGACUGCAGUUAAGAAACACUGGCUCAUGUCAUCUUGCUGAGAUGCUAGUCAGCUAAUGGCCUAAUGUGUGGUUAUGUUUAUCAGGAAAGCUCUUAGCAGAACCAAAUAGCCCCUAUUUGAUCAUUUCCCUUUAAGAUUUAACCAUUGAUUUUGAGAUUGAUUUACUUUACAUCUACUUUUAUAAUAUAUAAAAUACAGCCUUUAGUUUAACCCAUCCAUUUUGCACAUUUAAUUGUAGACCUUAAUGAACAAUGUAAAAAAAAUUGUUUGCCAGUAUUGUAAAUGUAGUUCAGACAAUGAUGUAUAUUAAGUAUUGCAAUGAGAAAAUAUUUUUGUGUUACUUAGCUAAGGUCCAAAAUGCGAAAUGGAUUGGUUUUGAACAGCUUUUUCAUUUAACAAAGUAUUUUUCUUUCAAUAUAUAGAUAAAUAUUGAUACAUUUUUAUUAUAUUUAAAUUAAAACUUAUGGCCUAUUUGUACAAAUGCAGUAACAAUGCAAAUACAGCGUAUGUAGCUAAAGACAUGUCUUUUCCAUGCUAAUGUAAAUGAUGUCUUUGUAUGAAAUACGUUAGCUAUAAAUCUAGAGUUAGAUUUUUUGUGUGUAAAACAACAGACAAUGUUGUUAUUUAAACUGCUCUGGAUUAUUUAGUAGGCAAUUGUUAAGAUGAGAUGCUAUAUUGUCAAGUCUUAAUGAAAAUGUUGUACGAGUUGGGGUAUUACAAUGAAAUGGCUGGGGUCUGACAUGUAUUUUUUAAAUUAAAAUAACAAUAAAAGACAUUAUUAAUGUAA